AUGGAAAAAUACCAGAAAUUAGAGAAAAUUGGGGAAGGCACCUAUGGUGUCGUGUAUAAGGCGCAAGACCACACCGGAGAAAUCUCUGCGCUGAAAAAGAUCCGCCUUGAGGCCGAAGACGAAGGCAUUCCGUCGACGGCGAUACGGGAAAUCUCUCUUCUCAAGGAGCUGCACCACCCAAACAUUGUCCGGCUGCGCGACGUUAUCCACACCGAUCGUCGGCUUACGCUGGUCUUUGAGUAUCUCGACCAGGAUCUCAAGAAGCUCCUAGACGUUUGCGAUGGGGGUUUGGAGCCGAGCACGACCAAGUCUUUCCUCUUUCAGCUGCUCUGCGGUAUCGCGUACUGCCAUGAGCACCGCGUGCUCCAUCGCGAUUUAAAGCCCCAGAACUUGCUUAUCAAUAGGGAGGGCGCGCUGAAACUUGCGGACUUUGGACUAGCAAGGGCGUUCGGCAUUCCCGUUCGCAGCUACACGCACGAAGUCGUGACGCUGUGGUACCGCGCACCUGAUGUGCUCAUGGGAUCCAAGACGUACUCGACUCCGGUCGAUAUCUGGAGUGUAGGGUGCAUUUUUGCAGAAAUGGUGAAUGGCAGGCCGCUCUUCCCAGGGACGGGAAACGAGGACCAGUUGGUGAAGAUUUUCAAGAUCCUCGGGACACCCCAGUUGUCUGAGCAUCCGCAGCUGGCUGAGCUUCCGCACUGGAGUCAUGACUUCCCGCAGUAUCCGCCCCUCCCCUGGGACCAGGUGGUUCCAAAGUUGGACCCUCUCGGGAUCGAUUUACUUUCCAAGAUGCUACGCUUCGACUGUAACCAGAGGAUUUCCGCGCGACAGGCAAUGCAUCAUCCGUAUUUCGCGGAUCUGCCAGAUGACAUCAAACGCCUUGCGAGCUACAGGGGCGACUGA